ACUAAAAAUGCAAUCUGUCAAAAUUUAUUAGAUUGAGGUUAAGAUGACGGACGAAGAUGGAGGGCCCCAAUACGCAAUGAACGUAGCAAUAACAACAUUACAAAACCGUUAUAAAACACUACAAUCAUUCGCCGAUGGAUUAGAGAAAGAAAAUAUGCGCCUAAAAAUGCAAUGCAAACGUUCGGAGGUGCCCGGAACGGAAGUUGAAGAAUUAAAAGCUAAAAUAGUAAAAUUAACCGAACAAAAAGGUAAACUACGCAGAGAUUUGAUCAAUGUAACUAACGAAAAUAAAGAACUAUGGGAGAAAUUAUCGAAAAUCGUUCAAGUUAAUAAAUCAUUAGGAUCACAUUUGACGAAAAUAAACGAUUCGUUGAAUCAACACACGAAAAAAGGUUUGAUAAGAUCCACAACAUUCACUCAAUCCGAUUCCGAUUUAAAAACGGUUAAUAAAGCGAUAAAUGAAAAUAAUCGCAUCAGUUUAGAAUUAGAGGACGUUUCAUUAAAAGCAAUUACAAAUUUAACGAAAGAAAAAACCGAAUUGCAAGCUCAAUGUACUGAAAUGGACGAGCUACAAAAAUCUCUUAGUUUGGGGUACUUAAAUGAUGAUCCUGAUAAUAGCUUAGUAGAAAAUAUGGAGGAACAUUUGAUCGAUUUAAAAGUGAUUAAAGAUAAAUUGAACGAACAAAAUAAAACGUUUGAGAAGAGUUUAAACGAUAUGCAAUUAAGCGUUUUAUUGUGUACUUGUAAGAACCAAUUGGUAAAUAAUUCCAAAAGUGAAGAAAAAAUCGUUAAAGAAGGUUUGAAUGAAGACGAAAUGCAACUUCAAAGUUUAGCUAGAUGGGGAACCCCCGAAAAUUCCAAUCAAUUCUUAAAAGAGAACAUUGUAAGAAAUUGUUGUCCAAUGUGCUCCCAAGAAUUUCCUGAGAUGGUUAUGGAAGAUUUUGUUAAGCAUGUUGAGACCCAUUUUAAAUUAACUUGAAAUAAUAAACAUAUUAAUCGUUAUUUUAGUUUAUACAAGUGCUAUUUAAGAGAUUAUAAUGAAUUUGUAUGAAAAAGAAUGUAAUUUAAUUAAGUAAAACGUUUAUUUUUUCUUAACUUUUGCAUAAUCGUGUGUGAGGUUACGAAUAAUAAUUAUAGAAAUUUCUUUUUGUAUUAAUAAAAUGUUGUAAAUAUGUUAAAAUUCA